CUCUUUCUCUCUCUCUCUCUCAUUGUCAUAUCUUUGCUGCUACAUCAAAUAGUUCCCACAGUUUCCACAUCAAACCCAUAAUCAUCACGCUUCUCCAAAGCCUUUUUCUCUCUCUCUCAAAAACAUGUCCAUAAACCAUUACUCUUCGGACCUUCCAGAAACACUUUGGUGGACUCAACUUCAACUCCAACAAUAUCAUCAACAACAUCAACAACAACAACAAAGCACUUUCAUGGAACCAAAUCAAAACCCCUUUUCAUCUUCAUCUUCUUCAAAACCAAACCUUUCUUGGAACCCCCAACUCUAUCAUCACCAACAUCACCAAGCCUGGCUUAACUCUCAAAAUUCCCAGGACCCAAUGUUUCGAAACCCAAACACACCCUUCAACUUCAACCUCAACGAUGAAAACGACAACGACGAAGACCUUGACGACCAAAACCCCCCCAGUCAACCCCAAGAAUUCGAACAACAACAACCUGAUGAUCAUCAUGAAAACGAAGAAGCAGCAGCAGCGCAGCAAAAAGAACACAUGUUCGAGAAGCCAUUGACACCAAGCGACGUGGGCAAGCUGAACCGCCUCGUAAUCCCAAAGCAACACGCGGAGAAGUACUUCCCACUCGGCGGCGACUCAAGCGACAAGGGGUUGCUACUGAGUUUCGAGGACGAGUCGGGAAAGUGCUGGCGAUUCCGCUACUCGUAUUGGAACAGCAGCCAGAGCUACGUGCUGACCAAAGGCUGGAGCCGCUAUGUCAAGGAGAAGAGACUCGAUGCUGGUGAUGUCGUUUUGUUUGAUCGACACCGUACUGACUGUGACCGAUUGUUCAUUGGGUGGAGACGACGUGGAACUGUGGCUGCGCAUGAUAGCAGCUAUGGUGGUGGUGGUAGCAGUGGUGGAGAUGUGGUCGCACACAAUAGUACUACUAGUGCCUGUGCUAGUGGGGCUGUUUCUGAAGCCUGGACCAGAUCUUUCUAUAACACGCACCCUUAUCCUACGCAUCAUCAGCAUCAGCAUCAGCAUCAUAGUCACCCCCUCCCAUACCAACCUGACUCAUGUCUUUAUCCAGCAGAGUCAUCAUCAUCACCUGUUGAGAAUCAAACGACGCCGGUUGGGAACUCGAAGAUACUUAGGCUGUUUGGGGUGAACUUGGAGUGUCAGCCUGAGGAUGAAUCAGUGCCGUCCAUGCUGCCAGAUCAUGAUCAUAAUCAUGCCUCGUCAACUUACCAGCACUAUUACCAUCAUCAACAUGACUAUUCUUCUUCAGUCCCUCACGAUCACAUGAUGAGAGAUCGCCGAGGAUAAAGAUCUGUGGAUGUGACGUUCUCAGUACUGACUUAUUGUAAGUUUUUAACCCACUUGAAGUCUUGAAAAAAAAUAUAUAGAAAAUAAAUAUAUAUUAAAAAGAAAAAUAUCCCAGAUUUUCAGGCCAACUUUCCAAGCCAAAGGUAAGAGAACCAAAGAGUAGUUCUGAAGCACAACUCUUUUUUGUUUGCGACUUUGACACAAUUCUGAUGGAGCAGAUUAUAGAAUUUUUUUUUUUUUUUUGCUACUCGCAAAUGAGACAAAGUUGCGGUAAAAAAAGUUGUAUUUUUUUAUUUUCUUUGGAAGCAAAGGAGGGUGAAAAGAGUAAGUCUGAAGAUUGGGAAGAGGGUAUGGGAAUUGGGAAGAUUGAGAAUGACUGAAUGACAUCAGUUAUGCUGAAUGGGAAAUUUGGGUCGUGGAAAAUCUGAAAUUAGGAAUCUAUUUGCUACUGUUGAGAUUCUGGGAAAAGAUUUUUCCUAUGGGCUCAUCAUAAUAAUGGGGAGGUUAUGGUUGUGGGUAAUGGUGGUGUUGGUGUUGGUGGGUGGGUGGGUGGACUUGAAUAGAUUGGUGACAGCCCAAUCGUACUAGCCCACUCCUCUCUCUCUCUCUCUCUCUCUCUCUCUCUAUAUCUAUAUCUCUUUCUAUUUCUAUCUUUAUUUUAUGUCAAUCUCCAAAAUGUAUCCAAGCAGUUUUUUUAGUGCUCUACCUGGAAUUUGCACAGUAGUGAGAAGCUGAAAAGGAGAGCAUUUUUUUUCUUCUUUCUCAUUUUUCCUAAUUGAAAAGUUUUGUUGCACUUGCAAGUCA